UCCAAUUCGGAGUAUACCGUCGGAUAUUUCGAUUAUAAAAGGGAAUGUAUUUAGGAUUUUAGAAUUUAUACUUCAGUUACCAGUUGACAUUUGACGGUUACAGUAUAGGUGCAGUAAAGGGAAGAAUAAUAAUAGUGCUUUUGAAGAGAACUUCAUAAGAAAAUUGUGUUCUUGUGCAAUAAGAAUUGCAACACUGUGCAUUGAGAGGUAAAACUUUCAUAAUAAGCAUGGAUUGGAGAAAACCGCUUACUGACGAAGAAUUGGCUGAUAUUUGGGAGAAUUGCUCAGACAGCGAGGAUGGCUUGGACUUUUCGGAUACAGAUAGUGUUGCUGACCCAGAUUAUGCACCAAGUGAGACAGACAUAAUAAAUGCACUUGUAGAUCAAAACGAAGAUAUUGAAGAAGCAUUAUCCCAGGAGCCUUCCGAUGAGAUGAAGGAAGAAUUUGUACCAGAAGAUCAAAAUCAAUCUGUCCUGCAGCAUUCGGUGGAUGAGUCGGUAAAAAAAAGGUUGCAAAAGCGAAAAGUGGUUUGGAGACAUCGAAAUAUUCAUUUGAACGAUCUGCAAUUGGCAUUUCAUGGGGAAACUGAACUCCCACCUGCAGUUAUGGCUUUGGAAACCCCUUAUAGUUUCUUCUCUUAUUUUUUCAGUGACGAUUUUGUAGAAAAUAUUGUGGAACAGACCAAUCUAUUCGCUAUUCAAACAAAUCCGAAUAAUUCACAACUGUUUACUGUAACAGACAUAAAGCAGUUCAUGGGUAUUUGCUUCUAUACUUCAAUAGUUCAUUUGCCUAGUGUCAGAUCUUAUUGGAGCAGUGAGAUAGGCUAUGAUCUUGUGAGAAAUGUAAUGCCUCUGAACAAAUUCGAAAAGAUCAGACGUUUUAUACAUUUCAACGAUAACUCUAAACAUGUCCCACGUAAUACUCCAGGACAUGACAGAUUACAUAAGCUUCGCCCAGUAGUUGAUCAUCUGAAUGAGAAGUUUAUCAGCAUUCCACUAGAACCUACUCUUUCAGUAG